CUUGUAAUGUGGUACAUUCACAAUAAUGUCCUUAUCGAUUUGGUUCUUCAUUAGUUGUAUCUUUUCAAUAGGCUGUGAAAUACAUUACAACAAAUUUCCUAAAGAAUUUUUAUUUGGAGUCGCCACAUCAGCAUACCAAAUCGAGGGGGCAUGGAACAUAGACGGAAGAGGACCAAGCAUCUGGGAUCAUUUUACUCACAAACUACCUUCUCCAAUAUUGCAUAAUGACACUGGGGACAUCGCUUGCGACUUUUAUCACAGAUACAAAGAGGAUAUUCGAAAUAUGUAUAAUAUAGGUUUACAAUUUUACAGAUUUUCGAUUUCUUGGUCCAGAGUUUUGCCAACUGGUUACAGCAAACCUAUUAAUGAGAAAGGUGUAACUUUUUACAAAAAAGUUAUAAAAGAAAUUUUACGAUACAAUAUGACUCCUGUAGUGACUAUUUAUCAUUGGGAUCUUCCACAGCGGCUUUACGAGGAUGGAAUUGAUUGGACCAAUCCGAAACUCGUGGAUAUUUUUGUAAAUUAUGCAAGAAUUGUAAUCUCGAGAUUUCCAGAAGUUGGACUUUGGACUACAAUUAAUGAGCCCAAGCAAAUAUGUCAUUUUGGAUAUGGUUUAGGUAUUUUUGCACCAGGUGUAAAGAGCGACGGGUUAUUGGAGUAUCAGUGUGCUUAUAUUGUAAUGAAAAUCCAUGCCGCAACCUAUCAUAUGUAUAAAAACGAAUUUCCCCAUUAUAAAGCUAAAAUGUCAAUAGUUAUUGACUGCCAGUGGAUUGAACCUUUGACGAACACCAAAUCUGAUAAAGAAGCAACUGAACGCUACAGGCAAUUUGAGUGUGGUCUGUACCUACAUCCCAUUUUUAUUGGCGAUUGGCCAAAGAUAGUAAAGGAUAGAAUCUCAGAACGAAGCAAAUCACAGAAUUUAACAAAAUCUCGACUACCAACUUUCACUCAAGAAGAAAUCGCUUUUAUAAAAGGAACUCAAGAUUAUUUAGGAUUAAACCAUUAUUACACAUUUUUGGUUUCUAAUAUCGCAGCAAAUGAAAAAGGAUUUUCGAAUUAUGAAUACGACAUGGGUGCCAUAAAUUCCGAGAGUCCUAAUUGGAAAUUGGAUGCCAAUUUACGAAUUAUGUCACCGAGGGGAAUAAGAAGGACCUUAAAAUGGAUAAAAGAUAAAUAUAAUAACCCAGAUAUUUUAAUAACAGAAAUGGGAGUGAGUGAUAAUGGUAAAUCUUUACAAGAUGAUCACAGGAUUGAAUUUUAUAGGACAUAUUCUUGUAACAUUCUUGAUGCGAUGUACAUAGAUAAAGUCAAAGUAGUAGGAUUGGCAGCUUGGAGCUUGAUGGACAAUUUUGAAUGGGCUCUGGGCUAUAAGUCCCGUUUUGGUCUGUAUUACAUUGAUUUCCGUAAUGACCCUUCCUUAAAACGAGUGCCAAAAAAAUCUGUACAAUUUUAUCGACAAAUGAUAAAAUCAAGAGAAUUAAAUUGUAACAUCUCUGGCAAUUAUUUUUAUUAGAAGUUUUUCAAUAAACAAAAAUUAUAAACAUUUUGAUGAAGU